UUCUAUGAUUAAUCUAAACUGGCUCCUCCGAUUUGUCACGAGUAUCUAUAACAAUCCUGGUGCCGUGACUCGGAUCCAGGCCUCUUUGGUGCGGAUUCCUGCAGACGGGGAGGCGCCCUAUCUCCGGAUAGCCCUGUCCUGGGGAAUUCUGUCACUAAACACUGGAUCUGCGAACCCCUCUAAAUUACGAUACCUGAGCAAAUAAACCUGCAGGACCCCCUUAAAAUUCGUGCACGAAGACCAGACACAGACCCCAGGGAGGGGAAACACCCCCAAGUCUUGAGGAGAGUGAGUAUGCUGCAUUGUGGAUCCACCAGCCCCAAUCUGGAGAGACAGUGUGAAUGUACCCCUUAAAGGAAGAUAAGUUAAAGGAACAGAAGAAAAGGUCGAAAACAGAAGAUCCCCUUUGGCCCCUCCAUAUGCUCCCCAACGAGAACCUCCUUAACAACUUAAUGCUCCCCGGAGGUCUCAGAGGGAUCCGAAUCAGAUUCAGACCAAGAUCCACCCCUUCCCCCUCCCAGGAGGUCAAAGCGUUUGAAAGAAAGACAGGGAUUAUUCCUGCUGAGAGAAAUGUUAGUAGCAGGGAGGGAUGGACAGGGGGCACCGGGGACAGGGUUUGUAAUGAUCCCUUUGAACACCGGAGAUGUUAGAGAUUUUAAGAAGGAGAUGUGUAGUCUCUUAGAUGACCCAAUGGGGGUAAGUGAAAAAUUCAAUUUUUGGGUCCUAAUCUAUACACAUGGGAUGAAUUGCAGGCUAUAUUGAGCAUACUCUUUACUGUAGAAGAAGGAAAUGAUCAGAAGGGCUGGGAUGAGAAUUUGGGACCAACAACACCAGGCGAGUCCGGCAGCAGAGCAGAAAUGGCCACUACAGCAGCCAAAUUGGAACAAUCAGGAUGUAGCCCAUCGAGCUAACAUGGCUGAUUUAAGAACCAUUAUUAUCCAGGGGAUACGGGAGUCCGUUCCCCGGGGACAAAAUAUUAAUAAAGCCUUUAGAGAGGAACAAAAGAAGGACGAAAGUCCUAGGAAUUGGUUGGAGAGACUGAGAAAAAGUUUGCAACUAUAUUCGGGGGUAGACCCUGCUACCCCAGUCGGACAAGCCUUACUGAAAACCCAAUUUGUAGCAAAGUCAUGGCCAGAUAUUAGGAGGAAAUUGGAAAAGAUAGAGGGCUGGCAGGAGCGGGAGAUAGGUGAGUUGUUGAGGGAGGCUCAAGGAGUGUAUGUGAGGAGGGAGAUAGAAAAGAAAAGAGCAGGAAAAGAGGCAGACCAGAGUUCUGGUCGCGGCUGUAAGAGAGGGGCAUAAGGAAGCUAUGGCAGCAGUCAGCCGAUCCCUUCCCAGAGGGAGGAACAAGCCAAAUGGAAGACCCCAGAACCGAGAAAAGCGGGAGGAGAAGGGAAUAGAAUGUUUUUAUUGUAAGAAGCAGGGGGCAUAUAAAGAGGGACUGUAGGAAGAGGAUACAGGAUGAAAAGAUGUUCCAGGAAGAUUAGCAGGGUCAGGGGCUCCAUUUGCUGAGGACCCCAGGAGAAAAGGAGCCCUUGAUAACCCUCAAAGUGGGUCCUCAGCACGAGGAAGUGACUUUUCUGGUGGAUACCGGGGCAGAAAGGUCAACCAUACAGUAUUUACCCCGGGGAUGUAAUUUAUCUAAGAAAACCAUGACAGUAAUAGGGGCUAAGGGAGAACCCUUCUGGGUACCUGUGAUUGAAAAAGUAACCUUUGAAUCAGACUGCAAAUUCGGCCUGGGAUCUCUCCUCUUAGUGCCAGAGGCAGAGUAUAAUUUGUUGAGGAAGGAGAUGAUUAUAGAAUUAGGAAUCAAAAUAGAGGUUAAGGGACAGGACUUACACGUAAGACUGUGCCCACUUACCGCUAGAGAUGAGGAGGAGAUAAAUCCUGAAGUUUGGUACACCCCAGAGAAGGUUGGGCGUUUGAACAUUGAGCCAUUCGAAGUAACUAUAAAAAACCCAGAAAUCCGUGUUCGGGUGAAACAUUACCCCCUUUCGCAGGAGGGGAGGCAGGGAUUGAAACCUGAGAUUGAGCGGCUUUUGGAAAAAGGCUUGUUGGAACCCUGCAUGUCACCCUUUAACACACCUAUUCUGCCUGUAAAAAAGCCAGAUGGAAGUUACAGAUUAGUACACGACCUAAGGGAAAUUAAUAAGAGAACACUGAGUCGGUUCCCAGUAGUAGCAAAUCCACAUACCCUGCUUAGUCAAUUAAGCCCUGAAAAUCAGUGGUAUAGUGUGAUAGAUCUAAAGGACGCUUUUUGGCGUGCCCUUUGAAAGAGGAGUGUCGAGAUUAUUUUGCCUUUGAAUGGGAAGAUCCGGAUACCCACAGAAAGCAACAAUUAAGGUGGACUGUAUUACCCCAGGGAUUCACGGAAUCUCCUAACUUGUUUGGUCAGGCUUUGGAACAAAUACUAAGAAACUAUGAGUAGGGAAAAGGGGUUAUUUUGGUGCAAUAUGUAGAUGAUUUACUACUAGCUGGGGAAACCCAGGAGGUAGUCCAUAGGGAGAGCAUAAAACUAUUCAAUUUCCUAAGUCUGCAGGGGCUGCAGGUUUCAAAACCGAAGUUACAAUUUGUAGAGGAGGAGGUAAAGUACUUAGGACAUUGGAUAAGCAAAGGGACUAAAAAAAAAAAAAAAAAUGGAUCCUGAGAGAGUAAGUGGGAUUUUGUCGCUGAGAGCUCCGAGGAGUAAGAGACAGAUCAGGCAGCUGCUGGGAUUGUUUGGAUAUUGCCGGCAGUGGAUUGAGAAUUUUAGUGCAAAGGUGAGGUUCCUAUACCAGAAACUGACCACGGACGGGUUAGUAAAGUGGACUCAGGAGGACGAGGGAAGGCUGGAGGAAUUAAAAACUGACUUAGUAACAGCUCCAGUUUUAAGCCUCCCGGAUGUAAGGCGACCUUUUUAUUUAUUUGUAGCCACCGAAGAGGGAACAGCAUAUGGGGUCCUAACUCAAGAGUGAGUAGGAAGGAGAAAACCUGUGGGGUAUAUUUCGAAAUUAUUAGACCCUGUCAGCAGGGGAUGGCCCACUUGCCUACAAACUGUGGUGGCUGUAGCUUUGUUGGUAGAAGAGGCGAACAAAGUCACCUUCGGGGGCGAAUUGAAGGUGUAUUCCCCACACAAUAUUCGAGGGGUAUUGCAACAAAAGGCUGAAAAAUGGAUUACUGAUGCCAGACUCCUGAAGUAUGAGGGUAUUUUAAUCCAGUCCCCGAAACUAGAGAUUGAAAUUACGACUCUGCAGAACCCGGCUCAGUUCCUCUAUGGGGAACCUGCCGGGCAAUUAACCCAUGACUGCCUGAAAACCACAGAGGAACAAACUAAAAUUAGGCCUGAUUUAGAAGCAGCAGCCCUGGAAAAGGGGGAGAGGUUGUUUGUCGAUGGGUCCUCCCAAAUAAUAGAAGGGAAAAGGAAAUCUGGAUAUGCAAUAGUGGAUGGAAAAACCUUAUUGGUAAAGGAGUCGGGCCCCCUGAGUCCUAGCUGGUCAGCGCAGGCAUGCGAAUUAUUCGCGGUAAUACGGGCUUUGAAGUUACUCAAAGGAAAAGAAGGGACUAUGUAUACAGACUCCAAAUACGCCUAUGGGGUAAUACACACCUUUGGGAAAAUUUGGGAAGAAAGGGGGCUUAUAAACUCCCAAGGAAAAGGCCUGGUACACGAAGCGUUAAUCACAAAAGCUCUAAAGGCAUUGAGAGGACUGGAGAAAAUUGCGGUAGUACAUAUCAAAGGACAUCAAAAAGGCACCUCUCCCGAGAUAAGGGGAAACAAUCUGGCAGACCAGGAGGCAAAAUUAGCAUCACUAUUGACACUAUCUCAGAAACCAGACACAGAAGAGUCACACACCCAAUCCCUUAGAUUUCCAUUUACCAACACAGAAGAAGCAAAGCUGCGGGAGAUGGGAGUAGCAGAGAAAGAUGGGGUUUGGGAAUUGCCCGAUGGGAGACAAGUAGUACCAAAAGCAAUUGCUUCCAGAAUUAUGAGAAAGAUCCAUUCCACCACUCAUUGGGGAACUCAGGCUUUGGUAGAUCGCUUCGCUAUAAAGUACAUGUGUAUUGGGGUUUAUAAUGUUGCUAAAGGGAUAAUAGGGGGAUGUUUAACAUGUCAGAAGGUAAAUAAGCGGCAAUUACGGGAACACACUCCGGGUGGCCGUAGUUUGGCUUACAGACCAUUUGCUAAAAUCCAAAUUGACUUCACCGAACUUCCAAAGGUGGGCCGGUACAAGUAUCUUCUGGUAAUGGUUGAUCAUUUGACACAUUAUGUCGAGGCAGUUCCGACUGCCCGCCAAACAGCAAACACAGUAGUAAAAAUACUUUUUGAGAACAUUAUCCCGAGAGAUGGAAAUAUAGAGGUUAUUGAUUCAGACCGGGGCCCACACUUUGUGUCUAAAACAGUGCAAAAAGCUUUAGAGCCUUUGGGAACAAAGUGGGAAUUCCAUACUCCGUGGCAUCCACAGAGCUCUGGGAGAGUAGAACGCAUGAACGGGGAAAUAAAGAAGCAACUAACCAAAUUAAUGAUAGAGACAAAAAUGCCUUGGCUAAAGUAUUUACCCAUGGCUCUCCUGAAUAUCCAAACGCAACCCUGUACUGACAUUGGAAUAUCCCCAUUCGAGAUGCUCUAUGGGAUGCUGUACGAUAUGGAAUUCCCAGCAGAUCGUCCUCCUCUGGACGAUAAAAGCAUACAUCCAUAUGUAAUGAAAAUUAUGAAAAAGAGACAGGAGUACUGGAAAAAAGGAUUAGUGGUUCAAAGAUCCCCUCUGGAAAUAGCAUUACACUCCAUACAGCCUGGGGAUAUGAUGCUAAUAAAAGCAUGGAAGGAAGCCUCCCUCACCUCUCGAUGGGAGGGACCAUUUCUUGUUCUACUUACUACAGAUACCGCUGUCCGGACUGCUGAGCGAGGGUGGACACAUGCCUCCAGAGUAAAGGGCCCUCUUCCCCAAGAUCGAUGGGAUGUGGUGAGCAACCAGGAUUUAAAGCUGACUCUCAGGAGAAGGGGAAAGGACUAA